UCCGCCAUGAUUGGGGGAGCAGAAAAGUCUAGUGUUUACUUGUUUAGAGCAGAAAAGAUAAUUAGAAGAGUUUAUUUUUUCUAGUAACAUCUCAUCCAUAUAAACACUUGGCCUGAUUUAUUUUCUUUGAAAGUUCUUGGCUUGUCCUUCUUAAAUUUUCGAUAUCUUUAAGGUACAUCAUCAAACUUUCAUUUUUGAGAUCUGGGUUCCGACAAAGAUUCUAUUUUUGUUUCUUCAACCCAUUUUGCACUCCCCCAUUAUCGGAUCCUGCUCGAAUUUUUACAGGUUUUAGAUCAAUGUAAAAGAAAGUUCCAAAAAGAUCCAAACUUUUGCUUUCGAGCUUUCAAAUGGGGGAGACACAGAACCUGCACUUACCUCUACGAACUCGGUCUUCUCUAAAGAAGCCCUUACUGAUCGUUCUAUUAGUCUGCAUCACAAGCGUGCUCUUAAUCUGCACUUACAUGUACCCACAGCACAGCGUGAAGAGCCCCGCUUGCGAAGGUUUGUCCACCAGAGGCUGCCAAGCUGCGCUCUCCGGAUGGCUUGACGUUCACGUCAGAAAACACACUGACGAAGAAGUCGCUGCUCGUGUUGUGAUCAGAGACAUACUCAGAAUGCCUCCUGCUCUGACCUCUAGAUCCAAGAUAGCUUUCAUGUUCUUGUCUCCUGGUACUUUGCCAUUCGAGAAGCUCUGGGAUAAGUUUCUCCAGGGUCAAGAAGGGAGGUUCUCAAUUUACAUACAUCCGUCGAGGUUAAGACCAGUUCACAUCAGCCGUCACUUUUCAGACCGUGAGAUUCACAGCGAUCAUGUCACUUGGGGGAGGAUCUCUAUGGUUGAUGCUGAGAGAAGGCUUCUUGCAAACGCUCUUGAAGAUCCUGAUAACCAACACUUUGUUCUUCUUUCUGAGAGCUGCAUACCGUUGCAUACGUUUGACUACACCUAUAGAUAUUUGAUUCACGGAAAUGUCAGCUUCAUUGACAGUUUUGAGGAUCCUGGUCCGCAUGGGACUGGUAGACACAUGGAUCACAUGUUACCUGAAAUCCCCAAGAUAGAUUUCAGAAAGGGUGCUCAGUGGUUCACAAUGAAGCGUCAACACGCUUUGAUAGUGAUGGCUGAUAAUCUCUACUACUCAAAAUUCCGCCAAUAUUGCAGACCUGGGGUAGAAGCAAAUAAGAACUGCAUUGCGGAUGAACAUUACCUGCCUACAUUCUUCCAUAUGCUUGAUCCUGGAGGAAUAUCGAACUGGUCAGUCACGUAUGUUGAUUGGUCUGAGCGUAGAUGGCAUCCAAAGACAUACAGAGCUCGCGAUAUCUCACUCAAGUUCCUGAAAAAUAUCACGUCAGACGACAUGAGCGUGCACGUGACAAGCGUUGGCAAGCGUGGAGAUGAGCUGCAUUGGCCUUGUACAUGGAAUGGAAUUAGACGUCCAUGUUACCUAUUCGCGAGGAAGUUCCACUCAGAUUCUGUUAACAAACUGGUCAGACUCUUCCCAAACUACACGAGCACAGUGGUCUGAGAGAGAUAGAGAACCACCAGACACAAAUUCUUGAAACUGGAACGAAACACUUCCAGAUUAUCUUUUGGAUUGAAUCGCAUAUUACUGUAAAUUUUCUGAAGAAUUUGAUAUUGCCUCUGGUACUUGAUGUCUAUUUAAUGGGACAGGGCUACUCUACUUUUUAAGGCGUAGCAGUAGUAUAAGAAAGAACUUAGAAGCAGAGAUUUUUGGUUAAGUAAUUGGUUAUUGUUUUCUUUACUCAUGGUUUGGUUAAGAGUGGACCGGUUUAUGAUGA